AAUACUAUCUUUCGCUUCGAGGCAGUACUUCCGGGCCAAGGCGAGAGCAGCAUGGCGGCGCCCGAGGAGAGUGAGCGAGGGAUGAGGAGCCCCAAAGGCAAGAAGGCGAGCAAGGUAGAUGAAUCUGAACUUCUUACUGUUCCUGACGGAUGGAAAGAGCCAGCCUUUAAGCGAGAAGAUAAUCCUAAAGGACUUCUGGAAGAAAGCAGCUUUGCCACUCUUUUCCCAAAAUACAGAGAAGCAUACUUGAAAGAAUGCUGGCCAUUGGUGCAGAAAGCACUGAAUGAACAUCACAUAAACGCAGCUUUAGAUUUGAUUGAAGGAAGCAUGACUGUCAGCACAACAAAGAAGACCUUUGACCCCUAUAUAAUAAUCAGAGCCAGAGACUUAAUAAAGCUUUUAGCAAGAAGUGUUCCAUUUGAACAGGCUGUGCGCAUCCUUGAAGAUGAUGUAGCCUGUGACAUUAUUAAAAUAGGAACCCUGGUGAGAAACAGAGAACGAUUUAUAAAAAGACGACAGAGGCUUAUUGGGCCCAAUGGAUCUACUCUCAAGGCUCUUGAACUGCUGACAAGCUGCUACAUCUUGGUUCAGGGAAACACCGUUUCAGCUCUUGGACCAUUUAAUGGCUUAAAAGAGGUUAGGAAAGUUGUUCUGGAUACAAUGAAGAAUAUUCAUCCUAUAUAUAACAUCAAAACCCUGAUGAUUAAGAGGGAGUUGUCAAAAGAUCCUGAAUUACGAGCACAGAACUGGGAACGCUUUUUGCCAAAAUUCAAACACAAAAAUUUGAAUAAAAGGAAAGAACCAAAAAAGAAAAAUGUCAAGAAAGAAUAUACCCCCUUCCCACCUCCACAACCAGAGAGUCAGGUUGAUAAAGAAUUGGCAAGUGGAGAAUUUUUCUUGAAAGAAAGUCAAAAGAAGCGUAAGAGAGUAGAAGAGAUAAAGGCAAAACAAGCGGCGGCAAUCAGCAAGAGACAAGAGGAGAGGAACAAAGCUUUUAUUCCUCCUAAAGAAAAACCAGCUGUAAAACAGAAGAAAGCUCCUUCGGAAACAAAAAUUGAUAUUGAAGCAAUUAAAGAAAAGGUUAAAAAGGCGAAAAAGAAGAAGCUGGGAGCACUUCCUGUGGAAGAAGUUACGUUAAAAAUUGCAGCAGAUGAAAAGAAAAAGAAACCAUCUUUAAAGCUUGGUUCCAAGAGGAAGGCAACAAACUAGAUACCUGUCUUUACAUUGCUGUGUUGACAGCAAAUGUUGAAAAGCACAUGAACACUUCACAUUAUGUGAUGUUAAAAAACCAGCAAUUCUAAAGUUUGUAGUUUGUACAGUCAAACCAUCAGCUUAUGUUGCACUCUGAACAAUACAAGUAAUAUUUGCAGAUUUACAAUACUCAUUUGAAUAAGCUGAUGGCUGAACAACAUUCACCAGUAUAUGAAUAUUUCUAGCAUGCACAGAGCUUUCAGUGAGAGUGAUGUACAGGAUGUGAAUAUUGUCAAUAUACACUUUGUACUAUUGUAAUAGAGUGGCCCACUAAUAAACUACAGAUAGGCAGAAGGUUUUUAGUAGAAAAAAUUAAAUAUUUUUCCUAAUACAAAUAGUGUCUUUUUUUUUUGUCUACCAAGAUUACAUGAACUGUUUUCUAAAUAUUUGGUAUUUUUGAUGGUUUUUGGUCAUAAUAUUUUUAUUUCUUACCUGCCUUUCCUCGCGACUUGAGCAGAGCACAACAUAGUUAAAACUUAAUAAAAUAUUAUGUAAAAUACAUAUAUUAAAAUUUAUUUCUAUGAAAUACAUACAUUAAAAUACACAGAAUAAAGAUUAAAAUACAGUAAAAGCAGGACAUGAGUUUAAAAUUCAUAGUUCAAAAUUGACUGGGUAGACCUGCCGGAAGAGAUAGCUAUUCAAUUGUGUCUUGAAUGCUAUGUAUAUUUGAGAGAUGUACUUUUCAAAUGCUGGGAUAAUUGAGCACUGACAUUGUUCCUGUGCUGCAGAGAUUGAGCAAGACACAUAAAUAAGUAUAAUAACGGACUUUGAAUUUGUGUUCACCUUUGGAUGGGUAGUAUACUAUUUUAUGAAUUUCAUGGUAAAGACAUCUUGUAAUUCAUAUUGUUGUCACUAAAGCAAAAUAAAGUAUCUUUUUGUGUUCCUUUUUAA